AUGGACUUCUCUCCAUGGUCAAUCCUUAUAGCGUUGACAGCUGUGGCAGCUACUGUUGCGAUUAUCUGGCUGCUGAAAAGAAAGUAUGACCACAACUUCUUCCGGAGGCACGGAAUUCCAGGGCCGGAGCCAGACCUUAUCUUGGGCAACUAUGGACAACUGGACAAAGAUCGCAUCAAGGUGAUGGAUACCUGGGUGCAGAAGUAUGGCAAAGUGUUCGGUUUCUACAUGGCCGAGAUUCCUUACGUGAUCGUCAGUGACCUGGAUAUGAUCAAAGAGUGCUUUGUCAAGCAAAUGCAAAUCUUCCACGAGAGGCCGCCGAUGCUGAUACCCGUGGAGCCUCUCUUGAGCAGCUUACUCUACGCCACAGGAGUCCAAUGGAAGAAAGUGCGGAGCGUGGUUAACCCCAGCUUCAGCUCCACCAAGAUGAAACAUUUGACUACAACCAUAGUGAGCUGUUGCGAGAAGACACUAGAAGUCAUCAACAGUCACGUGGAUGAUGGACAACCAGUAAACAUGACCAAGUUAUUCAAAGGCCUUUCCCUGGACGUCGUAUCCAAGUGCGCCCUUGCAUGGGAGGUCGAUUGCCAGGGGGACCCAAAUGACCCGCUACUGAAAGUAGUCAGGAGCGUCGCCGAGGACACCGAGAGCACCUUGGUCGAAGGAGCGCUUAAGGUUCCCGCUUUCCGGGGCCUUUUGCGAUGGGUGUUUCCAUUCACCGAGAUCUCCAGGAUCUACUGUGACCUGCUGGAACGUUUGCGUCAGAUAAUAAAACUUCGCCGGCGUGGACACAGGCCCUCAACGCUGGACAUGUUGCAGCUACUGCUUGAUGCCCAAGAGGGCACGGAACGCAACGAAUUUGAAGGCAGGAAACCGUAUAUCCCACUGAUCACCGACGACGAGCUUCUGGGGAACUGUUUCGUCUUCCUGGUCGCGGGAUACGAAACUACCGCAACAGCUAUGUCUAUCGCUAUGUACGAACUAGCCAUGCACCCCGACGAACAGGAAGACAUCUACUGCGAAAUGAUGCAAGCGCUGGAACCAAGCGGUGAACUUACGUAUGAAGUGAUCCACCAGAUGAAGCGUCUAGACAUGUUCGUAUGCGAGUGCCUCCGCAUGUAUCCUCCUAUUGCUUUAAUCACGUCCAGACAGUGCAACAAAGACACCGUAGUUCUCGGACAGCGUUUUCCGGCUGGCGUCAACGUGAUGGCUCCAACGUGGCAGGUACACCACGAUCCAGAAGUUUGGCCCAAUCCAUUCCGAUUCGACUCGGAGAGAUUCCGCGGUGGCGCCCGCGCCCACCAUCCGGCGGCGUUCAUUCCGUUUGGUCUUGGUCCCAGGGAGUGCCUGGGAAAGCGGUUUUCUAUUCUAGAGAUCAAAGCGGCUAUUUGCACAACGCUAAGGAAGUGUAAAGUGCUUAUUUGCGAGGAAACGGUCGUUCCUAUGAAGCCGGUCGUAAGGUCCCUGUUUCUUCGGUCUGAAAGCGACAUUAUGCUGAAGUUCGGACUCAGAAGCUUUUCUUAUGAAAAGGCAUGAUAGUCCAGGAAUGUUCAUCGGCCUGUUCUGUGUAAAGUAC